UUGAACUGGAUUUCUAUCGUGACAUUCCCAAUUUUUCCAACAUUCCCAAAAUUCCCAAAAUUCCCAUUUUUCCUGAUUUUUUCCAGGAAUCCAGAUGUUCCUCAGUAACUGGGAGCUCUUUGGGUUCCCGAUAUUCCCAACAUUCCCAAAAUUCCCAUUUCUUUCCAGGAAUCCAGAUGUUCCUGAGUAACCGGGAGGUGUUUGGGUUUUUGCCGGUUCCUCUCCCUUCCCACAGUUCUUUGCGGGACGAGGUGGAGAAUUUCCUGCACGUUCAGCUGGAGAUCAUGGUGAAGCUGCCCCCGGCCGAGCCCUCCCCCAACGUUUGGGUCCCUCCCAAAGUCCUGGACAAGAUGGGAUUUGAUGAGGUUUUCCUGAUCAAUCUCCGGCGCCGCUCCGACCGUCGGACGCGAAUGCUGCGAACGCUGCGGGAACUGGGGAUCGACCCCAAACUGGUGGAGGCCGUGGAUGGACGAUCCCUGAACAGGAGCCAGCUGGAGGCGCUGGGGGUGCGGAUGCUGCCGGGAUAUCGCGAUCCCUUCCACGGCCGAGCGCUGACCCCGGGAGAGGUCGGCUGCUUCCUCAGCCACUUCCGGGUCUGGCAGGAGAUUUCGGGGCGGGGCCUGGGCCGCUCGUUGGUUUUCGAGGACGAUCUGCGCUUCGAGGUUUUUUUCCGGCGCCGUCUGACGGAGCUGAUGGAGCGACUGGAGGAGACUGGGACGGACUGGGACCUCAUCUACCUGGGCCGGAAGCGUUUGGAGCCGGAGCGGGCGGAGCGCGGCGUUCCCGGUGUGCGGCAGCUGCUCCGCCCGGGCUAUUCCUAUUGGACGUUGGGAUACGCUCUGUCCCGAUCCCAUUGAUCAUAUUGAUCACAUUGACCUUAUUGACCUCAUUGAUUUC